AUAGGAAGAGGGGAGAAAACUGAGGAGAACCCAGAAGUGCGGUCAGUGGUCCACGCCGACAGCCAAACCACAGAUAGAAGAAGGAGCAGUUCCCAGUGUCUUUGUCCAAACCGUCCCUUUCCUAGAAUUGCCGGCUGUUAUCGUUUCACAACCGAAACGAUCCAAAUCUUCUCAACAGAACCUGGGAGAUCUUUUCCACAAUUCUCAAGCUAUAAAGACCACUGUUUUCUGCUCUACCAUGUCGGCCAAAGCCAUCUCGGAGCAGACAGGGAAGGAGUUCCUCUAUAAGUACAUCUGUACAUCUGCAGCUGUCCAGAACAGGUUCCGCUAUGCCAACGUGACGACUGAGACCGACUUUGACCGGCUGGCACAGGACCACCCUUGGCUGCUCACUGAGCGGCUGGUAGUGAAGCCAGACCAGCUGAUCAAGCGUCGGGGGAAGCUGGGACUGGUAGGUGUCAACCUGGACCUGAAAGGUGUCCAAGAGUGGCUGAAGACCCGCCUCAUGAGAGAGACCAUGGUGGGAAAAGCAAAGGGGAUCCUGAAGAACUUCCUCAUCGAGCCAUUUGUAGCCCACAAGCAGGAAGAGGAGUUCUAUGUGUGUAUCUACGCCACACGGGAGGGAGACUACGUGUUGUUCCACCAUGAAGGAGGGGUAGACGUGGGUGAUGUGGACGCUAAGGCCAGUAAGUUGCUGGUAGGAGUGGAUGAGAAGCUGACUGAAGACGCAGUGAAGAAACAGCUCCUGACCCAUGUCGCUGCAGACAAAAAAGCGGUUCUGGCCAGCUUCAUUGUUGGUCUCUUCAACCUGUAUGAAGACCUGUACUUCACCUACCUAGAGAUCAACCCACUGGUGGUCACGAAGGAUGGCGUGUUUGUGCUGGACAUGGCGGCUAAGAUCGAUGCCACGGCUGACUACCUCUGUAAGGCCAAGUGGGGCGACGUGGAGUUCCCUCCACCCUUUGGCAGGGAGGCCUACCCUGAGGAGGCCUAUAUUGCAGACCUGGAUGCCAAGAGUGGUGCCAGUCUCAAACUCACCCUGCUCAACCCCCGCGGAAGAAUCUGGACCAUGGUGGCAGGAGGAGGGGCUUCCGUCGUCUACAGUGACACCAUCUGUGACCUGGGCGGGGUUGACGAGCUGGCCAAUUACGGGGAGUAUUCAGGAGCGCCCAGCGAACAGCAGACCUAUGACUAUGCCAAGACCAUCCUGUCCCUGAUGACCCGCGAGAAACACCCCGACGGAAAAGUCCUGAUCAUCGGAGGAAGCAUUGCAAACUUCACUAACGUUGCAGCCACAUUUAAGGGCAUUGUCAGGGCCAUCAGGGACUACCAGGGCCCCAUAAAGGAGCAUGAGAUCACCAUAUUUGUCCGCCGUGGGGGCCCCAACUACCAGGAAGGCCUCAGGGUCAUGGGCGAAGUGGGUAAGACUACUGGCAUCCCCAUCCAUGUCUUCGGCACAGAGACUCACAUGACUGCCAUUGUCGGCAUGGCGCUGGGCCACCGACCAAUACCCAAAGAGCCUCCCGUCGCCGCCCACACCGCCAACUUCCUGCUCAACUCCAGUGCCAGUUCAUCGACCCCAGCCUCCAGCAGGACAGCCUCCUUCUCUGAGAACAAGGCUGGUCCCGGGGCCUCGCCUUCCAAGAAGGCCAAGUCAGGGGCCCUUCCAGAGCGACAGGCGUCGUCAGACAGUCCAGGAGUCAAGGCGUCAACCCUCUUCAGCAAGCAGACCAAGUCCAUCGUGUGGGGCAUGCAGACGCUGGCCGUGCAGGGCAUGCUGGACUUUGACUACACCUGCUCCAGGGAUGAGCCCUCUGUGUCUGCCAUGCUCUACCCUUUCACUGGGGACCACAAGCAGAAGUUCUACUGGGGCCAUAAGGAGAUCCUGUUGCCUGUCUAUAAGAACAUGGGCGACGCCAUGAAGAAACACCCGGAGGUGGACGUGCUCAUUAACUUCGCCUCGCUCCGCUCUGCCUUCGACAGCACCAUGGAGACCAUGCAGUACCCACAGAUCCACACCAUUGCCAUCAUAGCCGAGGGCAUCCCUGAAGCCCAGACCAGGAAGAUCAUUAAGAGGGCGGACGAGAAGGGUAUCACUAUCAUCGGCCCGGCAACGGUUGGAGGGAUCAAGCCUGGCUGUUUUAAGAUCGGGAACACAGGGGGCAUGCUGGAUAACAUCCUGGCCUCUAAGCUGUACCGUCCAGGCAGUGUGGCCUACGUGUCCCGCUCUGGAGGCAUGUCCAACGAGCUCAACAACAUCAUCUCCCGCACCACCGACGGAGUCUACGAGGGAGUGGCAAUCGGAGGAGACAGAUACCCAGGCUCAAUCUACACAGACCAUGUGCUGAGGUACCAGGACACCCCAGGGGUAGAGAUGAUCGUAAUGCUGGGAGAGAUUGGCGGCACAGAGGAGUAUAAGAUCUGCCAGGGCAUCAAGUCAGGCAGGAUCACCAAGCCUGUGGUGAGCUGGUGCAUCGGGACCUGUGCCACCAUGUUCUCCUCAGAGGUCCAGUUUGGUCAUGCUGGAGCGUGUGCCAACCAGGCCUCAGAGACAGCCGUGGCCAAGAACCUGGCUCUGAAGGAGGCCGGAGCCUUCGUACCUAAGAGCUUUGACGAGCUGGGAGAUGUCAUCAAAUCAGUGUAUGACGACCUCGUUGGCAAAGGAGUCAUCGUUCCAGCUAUGGAGGUGCCCCCUCCCACAGUGCCAAUGGACUACUCCUGGGCCCGGGAGUUGGGUCUGAUCCGUAAGCCAGCCUCCUUUAUGACCAGUAUCUGUGAUGAGAGGGGCCAGGAGCUUAUCUACGCUGGAAUGCCCAUCACUGAGGUGUUCAAGUCAGAGAUGGGCAUGGGAGGAACCCUGGGACUGCUCUGGUUCCAGAGGAGGCUGCCCAGUUAUGCUUCCAAGUUCAUUGAGAUGUGUCUGAUGGUGACUGCUGACCAUGGUCCUGCCGUGUCUGGUGCCCACAACACCAUCGUCUGUGCCCGCGCUGGCAAAGACCUUAUCUCCUGCCUCACCUCUGGCCUGCUCACCAUCGGGGACCGGUUCGGAGGGGCCCUGGACGCUGCAGCCAAGCAGUUCAGCAAGGCGUUUGACAGCGGCAUGCUGCCAAUGGAGUUUGUCAAUAAGAUGAAGAAGGAGGGCAACCUGAUCAUGGGCAUCGGACACAGGGUCAAGUCGAUCAACAACCCAGACAUGCGGGUGCAGAUCCUAAAGGACUUUGUGAAGAAGACCUUCCCCUCCACCCAGCUGUUGGACUACGCAAUGGAUGUAGAGAAGAUCACCACAGCCAAGAAACCCAACCUGAUCUUGAAUGUGGACGGUUUCAUUGGAGUAGCAUUUGUGGACCUGCUCAGGAACUGUGGUGGAUUUACACGGGACGAGGCUGAUGAGUUUGUGGAGAUCGGAGCGCUGAAUGGAAUCUUUGUCCUGGGGCGGAGCAUGGGCUUCAUCGGUCACUACCUGGAUCAGAAGAGGCUGAAACAGGGUCUGUACCGUCACCCGUGGGACGACAUAUCCUACGUUCUCCCCGAACACAUGUCCAUGUAACCAUCGAAACCAGGCCAUGACACCCCCUCCCACC